UUUGGCUUUCAGUUUUGAAGAUUCUAGUUCCUGAUCAAUUGGCCCUGUUUUUGGCCCUGUGGUGAGGCAGACAUCAUGGUGAGUGCAUGUAGAACAAAAUUGCUCACCUCAUGGCCUAGGAGCAAAAGAAAGAAAGAGGAAGGCAUCAGGGUUCCAUUAUUCCCUGCCAGGGCAUACUUCCAAUGACGUGAAGACCUCCACUAUGUGCCAUCUGUAAAGAUUAUGUCACCUUCCAAGAGCACCAUCUUGGAGACCAAGCAUUUAACACAUGGGCCUUUGGGCAGCAUUUAAGAUCCAAGCCAUAGCAUUCUCCUUGCUCUUACAAUCUAUCUGGAGGAAAUGGGUUGAGGUGAUGAAAAGGGUUUAGAAGUAGCUCUAGUUUGAAACUGGGGCUAAUGUUUUGAUUAGAAAUGGCUAGACUGACUGGGGUUCUGCUCUAGGAUGACCUUCAUCCACUGAGAACACAGAUGAAUUCAUGGGAUUGAGGAGCCUCACAAAGCUGGUGACAACUAAGCUGCUCAAGGCAGGAAGAACGCUGAGCUGUUCAGUGGAGGUUUCUCUGGAUCUGGAGAGAAAAGGCAACUUUGGAACCAGUAAUGAGCCAUCCUGACGGCAGGCUGAACCUCCGGCCCCCGGGGACUCUCAAAGGUGUGUCCUCUGUGCUUGGCCCACAUGGUGUUGGUGCUUCACCAGGUGAGAAAAAGUCAAGGAACAAGAGCACUCGAGGGAAGAGAAAGAGCAUAUUUGAAACCUACAUGUCCAAGGAGGAUGUUUCAGAAGGCUUGAAGAGAGGAAUGCUUAUCCAGGGUGUGUUGAGAAUUAAUCCAAAGAAGUUUCAUGAAGCUUUCAUUCCUUCCCCGGAUGGUGAUCGAGACAUUUUUAUUGAUGGGGUUGUUGCUCGUAAUAGAGCCCUAAAUGGGGACCUGGUGGUUGUGAAACUGCUUCCUGAGGAGCAGUGGAAGUUAAUUAAACCGGAGAGCAAUGACAAAGACACAGAAGCUGCCGAUGAAUCUGAUCUCCCGGAGGAGCUUUGUGGACACCACCUUCCUCAGCAGUCUCUCAAAGGCUAUAAUGACAGUCCUGAUGUCAUUAUAGAGGCUCAGUUUGAUGACAGCGACAUAGAAGAUAAACACAACACCACACAGGAUGUGCUGAUUGAUGGUGUUAAAAACCUUUCAGUUUGUGUUCCUGACAAAGGAAACACGAGUUCUAGUGCACCAGUUUUAAAAGAUGAUAGCACCUCCAUGUUGCAAGACCCAAGAACUUUAUCAGAGAAGUCACUACAGAAGUCAGCAAAGGUGGUUUACAUCUUGGAGAAAAAACAUUCCCGAGCAGCAACCGGCGUCCUCAAACUCUUGGCAGAUAAGAACAGUGAAUUGUUUAGGAAAUAUGCUCUAUUUUCUCCUUCAGACCACCGAGUGCCUAGAAUUUAUGUACCUCUCAAGGACUGUCCCCAGGACUUUGUGACCCGGCCUAAAGAUUAUGCCAAUACUCUGUUCAUCUGCCGCAUUGUAGACUGGAAGGAGGACAGCAAUUUUGCCCUGGGGCAGCUGGCUAAGAGUCUUGGGCAGGCUGGUGAAAUUGAGCCUGAAACAGAAGGGAUCCUAACAGAGUAUGGUGUAGAUUUUUCUGAUUUCUCUUCAGACGUUCUAGAAUGUCUCCCUCAAAGCCUGCCCUGGACAAUUCCACCUGAGGAGUUCAGCAGGAGAAGAGACUUAAGAAAAGACUGUAUCUUCACCAUUGACCCAUCAACUGCCCGAGACCUCGAUGAUGCUCUCUCCUGCAGGCCACUAGCUGAAGGCACCUUUGAAGUGGGCGUCCACAUUGCUGAUGUGAGUUACUUCAUUCCUGAGGGAUCCCAUCUGGAUAAGGUGGCUGCUGAGAGAGCCACAAGUGUCUACUUAGUUCAGAAGGUGGUUCCCAUGCUUCCCAGGAUGCUGUGUGAGGAGCUGUGUAGCCUCAAUCCCAUGACCGACAAGCUGACCUUCUCUGUGAUCUGGACAUUGACUCCUGAGGGCAAGAUCCUUGAGGAGUGGUUUGGCCGGACUGUCAUCCGCUCCUGUACAAAACUGAGCUAUGAGCACGCACAGAGCAUGAUUGAAAGCCCAACUGAGACAAUCCCUGAGAAGCAGCUGCCCCCCAUCUCCCCAGAGCACAGCAGCGAGGAAGUUCACCAGGCUGUCCUGAACCUGCACCGAAUUGCAAGGCACCUUCGCCAGCAGCGCUUUGUGGAUGGCGCGCUCCGUUUGGAUCAGCUAAAACUUGCUUUCACUCUGGACCAUGAGACUGGAUUGCCUCAAGGAUGUCAUAUCUAUGAGUACCGAGACAGCAACAAGCUCGUGGAGGAGUUCAUGCUUUUGGCCAACAUGGCAGUGGCCCACAAGGUCUACCGCACCUUCCCUGAGCAGGCCCUGCUGCGUCGGCACCCCCCACCCCAGACAAAGAUGCUCAAUGACCUGGUGGAAUUCUGCAACCAGAUGGGGCUGCCCAUGGAUGUCAGUUCUGCAGGGGCCCUCAAUAAAAGUCUUACCAAAACAUUUGGAGAUGACAAGUAUUCACUGGCCCGGAAGGAAGUACUCACCAACAUGUACUCUCGGCCCAUGCAGAUGGCGCUCUACUUCUGCUCGGGGGUGCUGCAGGACCAGGCACAGUUCCAACACUACGCCCUCAACGUGCCACUCUACACGCAUUUCACCUCACCCAUCCGCCGCUUUGCCGACGUCAUGGUACACCGCCUCCUGGCUGCUGCGUUGGGCUAUAGGGAGCGGUCAGAUACAGAGCCCGAUGUCCUGCAGAAGAAAGCUGACCACUGCAACGAUCGCCGCAUGGCAUCCAAGCGUGUGCAGGAGCUCAGCAUUGGCCUCUUCUUUGCCAUCCUAGUCAAGGAGAGUGGCCCCCUGGAAUCAGAAGCCAUGGUUAUGGGUGUCCUGAACCAAGCCUUCGAUGUGCUGGUGCUGCGCUACGGGGUGCAGAAGCGCAUCUACUGCAACGCACUGGCCCUGCGGUCCUACCACUUCCAGAAGGUGGGGAAGAAGCCAGAGCUCACACUAGUCUGGGAGCCUGAGGACCCUGAGCAGGAGCCCACUCAGCAGAUCAUCACCAUCUUCAGCCUGGUGGAAGUGGUCCUGCGGGCAGAAGCUGCUGUUCUCAAGUACAGUGCCACCCUGAAGCGGCCAGGUGCUCAGAGCUCCCUGGGCCUGGAGGAGGAGGAUCCUGAUGAUGAGUUGGAGGACUGAGCUACCAGGCCUGUCGCCUGCCCUGGCCUUCUGGCUUUUAGGAGUGGGACCUUUUGACACCAAAGGGGAUUUUUAAUUUGGUUUUUAACAACUCAGGGGUUUGUUUUUAUUUUUAUUUUUCAUUUUAUUUUUGCAGCUUAGUUUUUAAAUGAACUGAAGGGGAGAGGGUGGGGCUAGAUGGAAGGCUGAGCCUAGCAAGUGUUUCCCCAAACAGAGAGAGCCCUGGUCCUCCUGGAAGGCAAGCCCUGCUUCUGCCAGGCCACCCACUGCCCUCCCCUUCCCAGGAAAUGGGGGGUUCAGAAAAUCAGUGUUAUGGAAUAAAAUCAAGUGUGAAGUGCUGUCUGUGUGGGUGAUAUGGGAAGCCUGGCAGCAGGGUGCCCCACGCACCCAGGGUGGCUCAGGCCCCACCUCACAGCUGAGCUGGUGUCAACAGCCCAGAACUUUCCUGCCAGCUCCAGAAUGAUUCA